AUGGACUAUAACACAGCAACCUUCACAGUAACCAGUCAUCACAAUCCGAACAACUACAAUUUUAAUGGAAAGAUAAUGCUAUCUUUAGUCAUCAUCAUGUUCAUUGUAGUUUUAAUCUUAGUUUGGUUCCGCAGCUACGCCAGGAGGUACUUUCACCGCCGCCAUGGCCAUACGGGCCACCACCACUUCUUUCUCUCCUCCACCACUAAUUUUACCAACAAUAAUCACAUAGGUGCGCUUCCUAAUCAAGCUUUAGACCUCUCUACCCUAAAAAAAAUCCCUACUUUUGUUUACGCCUCUAACACUCACAAACAUCAGCCAGAAUGUGCGGUGUGCUUAUCAGAAUUUGAAGACGAGGAGAAAGGCCGUGUCUUGCCUAUGUGUAAUCAUUCAUUCCAUGUUGACUGCAUCGACAUGUGGUUUCACUCUCACUCUAAUUGUCCACUCUGUCGAACCCCGGUUCAACUAGAUAAUCCAGUCCCCCCAUCAGCACAAUCGGUGGAAGAGAUGGUGUCAGUGACUGAACCGGCCGGUUCAGUUACUGCAGGGGAGGAAGGUGAAACAGGUUGUUCGUCUUCUACUUUACCGCAUCUGGAGCUAGUGGGUGUAUUAGUGGACAUGCCUAAAGUGGACUCUGGAGGUCUGGAUGACAUGGGUUUAGAUGCACCUGAAGAAACUGGGUUCAAAUCUUCGGGUAAUCGGGGUUGACAUCGGAGAAAAAACACACCAAGCUUAAUGUAACUUGGGACAAAGUAAUGUACAUUUUGUUUUUCCUUUUUUUUUUUUUUUUUUUUUUG